UGUGUUCACUGCAGUUCUUGGGUCCCUGCAGUAUGGAUACAGUCUUGGAGUUAUCAACGCACCCCAGAAGGUAAUUGAAAAUUAUUAUGGGCGUACUCUGGGGGUGUGGUCAGAGAGGGCCGCGGUCCUCUCAGAAAACAGCACCGAAGAAGAAGAGUACCCAGAGGCGGGACAACACCCUGCCGUGAUCAUGUAUUGGUCACUGUCGGUGGCAAUCUUCUCCAUCGGAGGCAUGUUAUCAUCCUUCCUGGUGGGAUAUGUGGGAGACCUGAGAGGGAGGGUAAAGGGCAUGUUGAUUGUGAAUGUACUUGCUGUAGCAGCAGGAUUGCUGAUGGGUCUUUGCAAGAUGUGGAAACCUCACAUCCUGGUCAUCUCCGGCCGUGCUGUUAUGGGCUUUUACUGUGGGUUGACAUCCGGGCUAGUGCCUAUGUACAUUGGAGAGAUUGCACCUAAGGCUUACAGAGGGGCUCUGGGGACAUUACACCAGCUGGCUAUAGUCAUUGGCAUCCUAGUCAGCCAGGUAUUAGGCUUGGACUUUAUACUUGGUAAUGAUGCUAUGUGGCCCCUGAUGCUUGGUCUGUCUGGAGCUCCAGCAGUGUUACAAUCUUUACUGCUGCCUCUAUGCCCUGAGAGUCCAAGGUACCUUUACAUCGUACAGGGCAAGGAGCAAGAGGCCCGAAAAAGUCUGUUACGUCUGAAGGGAGAAUAUGAUCCAACUCCUGAUCUGGAAGAGAUGAGGAGAGAGAAAGAGGAAGCAGACAAGGAGCCAAGGGUCUCUAUCAUUUCUUUGAUCUGCUCGUCCGUGUACAGACAGCAGCUUGUUGUUGCCCUCAUGAUGCACCUCUCCCAACAGUUUUCUGGCAUCAAUGCGAUAUUUUAUUACUCCACGGCAAUCUUCACUCGGGCAGGUGUCGGUCAGCCGGUCUAUGCAACCAUAGGAGUUGGGGUUAUCAACACAAUCUUCACUAUGGUGUCUGUUGCACUGGUGGACAAGGCUGGCAGGCGCACUCUGACUCUGGUGGGUCUGGGAGGGAUGUGCUGCUGUGCAAUUGGCAUGACAGUGGGGCUCAAACUCCAGGGUGACUACCCAUGGAUGAGUUACGUCAGCAUGUCGGCUAUUUUCCUCUUCGUGAGUUUCUUUGAAAUUGGUCCUGGUCCGAUUCCAUGGUUCAUAGUUGCUGAACUGUUCAGUCAGGGACCCCGACCUGCAGCCAUCGCUCUGGCUGGCUGCUGCAACUGGACCAGCAACUUCAUCAUAGGCAUGACCUUUCCAUAUAUACAGACUUGGUUGGAUUCUUAUGUGUUCAUCCUGUUUGCUGGGCUGCUUUUCGGCUUCACAGUGUUUAUUUAUCUCCGGGUCCCCGAGACCAAGGGCAAAAGUUUUGAAGAGAUUGCUGCUGUCUUCCAGAAGGGCCGGAAAAAGUUGGAGCAGGGCACCAAAGACGCUCCUGAACUACAGGAGCUCAAAACAUCCACAGAUGCUUGAGACAACAGCUGUGUAUUAUUUAGGUAUAUUUGUGUGUGUGCAAAAGUGUGUCUAUCCGUCAGUAUUUCAAAUGUCAAGUGUUUAUCAUUGUAGUAUUUUAACAGUUGGGUUAUUAAGGAGUUAAUCACAGAAUUACACUUUUUUCUAAUAUAAAUAUGAGAGCGUUACAAAAACCAGCAGGGACUUACAAUAUCACAUGUAUGACAUAUGAAGUGGUGUUUACAUGUAAUGAUACUAUAGACUUGUACUACUGUACUGGAGUACAAUACUAUUGUGAAAGUGAAAAGGGAUACUUGUAUUGUUGAACCCACAGUGAUAUUGAGACUGACUCUGUGGUCCCCUUAACUGUACUGUGCUGUCACCUGUCCAACCCAGUCCCAUUACCAAAUGUGACAAAGUAGGCAAAGUCAGCAAACAGCUGGUGAACAUGGAGGCGAAUUAAGCAGCAAAGAGACAGAUAUUUCAUUCAGACGAAGCUGAAAGGAGCUGAAAGGAAAAAUAAUAUUUGGCUCACAUUCAUCGACUGGCUAAAAAACAGUAACUCCAGAUGUUUGCUAAUCUCUGUCUCUGUCUGCUUGAUUAGUUAAAAGGCAACUGUUGGAAAAAAAAGUGUAAUUUUACCGUAGUGAUUGCUGCUCCUUCUGCUGGUUUAUCAUUCAGAUAAUGUGACAAGAAAUAAACAGUAUUUUAUUUAUUGGCAUUACGCUAAAGUAAUUAAUGAUCUAUCACUACCUAAAAGGAUAUUACUUAUCUAUGGAAUUACUUCACCAUUUUCUGUCUUGAAAUAUACAUUAAACCUACCUUUGCUCAA